AUGUAGCUUCGAAGUGGAAAAUUAAAUCAACCUCCAAAAAGAUAAUACAUCUCCCCAUAUCAAAUAUUUUAUAAAGAGCAACUUAAAAUAAUGUUGAGUUAAGGAGUUGGUAUAAAUAUGGUUGGCGCUCAAAUCUAAAAAGCAUGGUCAGAAAUGUCAUCUGAGAUGCAUGAAUAUUAUGAAGAUUAAUUUGAAUAAUGUGAAGAUAAAUUUUAAGAGUAGCUCAUAUACUUUUAUGGAGGAGAUUAAAGGCAUAUCAACUAAUUGAAUGAACUCAAAAAUAUACCUUCAAAACCAAAAAGACCUCUCACUCCUUAAUUUGAUUAUGUAAUUAAAAAUAGACAUAAAUUUUCAUCUAAAAAUUUCAAUUGGAAAUAGUCUUUCUCACUUUUGGUUGAAGAAUAUUGUAAAUAAUCUUAAAGAGUUCGAGAGCAAUUAGAGGUUGAUUUCGAAAGGAAAUUGAAAGAUUAUAAAGAGGCAAUAGAAAAAUGGAAUGAGUAAAAAAUAUUAUGUAAUAAUUAGAAAGUAUGCUGAAAAGUAUAAAACUUUAAAAAAAAAUACUAUAGAAAUAUAUAAAAAGUAAAAAAAUGAAAAUGAAUUUGAAUACAAAGAAUUAUAAUUUGUAAGAACUGUUAAGAAAAUGAGUUCAAAUAAAAAAGAUGAAUAGACAUAAAAUUAUAGUGCUUGUAAGGAUGACAAGAAUUCUAAUCUGAAAAAUUAGGAUUUUGGUUUGAGAGAGGCAGAUACUAAUAUUGAAUAAUUUGCAGAAGAGAGCUAAUAAAUAAGAUCGAAAAAAUCGAAGAAGGCAAGAUGA